AUGUUGGAAAGGGAAAAGCUUUCUGGACCGAAUUUCAAUGAUUGGUAUCGUCAGCUCCGGAUUGUUUUGAGAGCUGAGAGGAAAUACAAAGUCCUUGAAGAGCCAAGACCCGUUGCUCCUGCUGCCAAUGCUUCUACUGAAGCAUUAGCGGAAUAUGCGGCUGCAUAUGAUAGACAUAAUGAGCAAGCUGGCGUGGAGUUAUACGAUCUUAUCGAUGUACUCCAUGACUUGCGACAUGAACAAGGAACACCAGUGAGCACUCAUAUCCUUAAGAUGAAAGGAUACUUUGAGCAGUUGGAAAGGUUGAAAUUUCCUUAUGCAAAGCAAGUACAAAUUGGUUUGAUUCUCAAGUCCUUGUCUAAGGAUUUUGAAGAAUUCGGACGCAAUUAUACUAUGCAUAGCAUGGAUAAAAACGUUCCGGAACUUCUUGCAAUGGCUGUUGAAUUUGAAAAGAAGUUACCAAAGAAAACUGCUACUCCCAAUUGUCUCAUGAUAAAAGGGGGUAAGGUCCAAAGAGGCAAACAACCGAAGGGAAAGGGCAAGGCUGACGGUAAAGGAAAGCAAGUUGUUGCUCCAAAACCUAAGAAGACCCCUCCGACGAAGAAGGAACAUCCCGCUAAGAACCUACCUUGUUACCAUUGGGCUUAG